ACUGCUUCUACCUCUAUGGGGGCAGCCCGCUUCGAGAGUCCGGAAGCAUUCUCCCACGACCCGGAAGCGGCCUCCGAUUGGCAGGCGGCGGCUGCCGGGGGGCGGAACCGAGGAGGAAGGAGCCGGACUCGGAGCCGGAGCAGGGAGGGGUCCGCUGUCGCCGCUGCCUGUCGCUUCCUUCUUCGCGGAGAAGAGGCCGGAGGAGCCGCCAUCGCCAGCAUGGGGGGCUCCCGCGACGACGAGUACGACUACCUCUUCAAAGUUGUUCUAAUCGGAGACUCCGGAGUCGGCAAGAGUAACCUCCUCUCCCGCUUCACUCGCAACGAGUUCAACCUGGAGAGCAAAAGCACCAUCGGGGUGGAGUUUGCGACACGAAGCAUCCAAGUGGACGGCAAGACCAUCAAGGCCCAGAUAUGGGACACGGCGGGGCAGGAGCGAUACAGAGCCAUCACAUCGGCCUAUUACCGGGGAGCCGUGGGGGCCUUGCUGGUCUACGACAUCGCCAAGCACCUCACCUACGAGAACGUGGAGCGGUGGCUGAAGGAGCUGCGGGACCACGCCGACAGCAACAUCGUCAUCAUGCUGGUGGGCAACAAGAGCGACUUGCGUCACCUGCGGGCCGUCCCCACCGACGAGGCCCGAGCGUUUGCAGAAAAGAAUGGCCUGUCGUUUAUUGAGACCUCGGCUCUGGACUCGACAAAUGUGGAAGCCGCUUUCCAGACCAUCUUGACAGAGAUCUAUCGCAUUGUGUCUCAGAAGCAAAUGUCAGACAGACGUGAGAAUGACAUGUCUCCAAGCAACAAUGUGGUCCCCAUCCACGUCCCCCCAACCACGGAAAACAAACCAAAGAUGCAGUGCUGUCAAAAUAUAUAACAAGUUCCUUUCCUGGAAAGCUGUGUAUAUUUCCCCAUACCUAAGAUGGGAAUAGAUUUUGACUUCACGUUGGUCUCCGGGUCCCCCUCCCCACCCAUAUUCAAGUAUGUCUAUUUUACACUUUUCUCUGGAUUUCUCCAUGUCUCUUAACUUCUGUUUCCCUGUCUCUUUCUCAGUUUCAGUACUGCAAAUCAUCCAUUGUUUGCGUUGGGCUGCAGCAUUAUUCGAAUGCUAAGUCCCGGCAGGGCCAAUCUUUAACAUCAUGACAGGUCCCCUUCCCCACACGCUGGCUCAUUCUACAGAGAUCUCAAUGGUUGCCACUUAACCUUUGCAGUUCUGAAUGCAAAUUCCGAAACUUCUGUAAACAGGAGCAUAUAAUUGACUAUACCUGAGCCGUUUAAACAAACUCCUCCUUUCAGCCUCAACUGGAAGUAUUUUGUCUUGUGUAACGGGCUGCGUACAGCCUGCCGAGGUGUAUUGUCUGACCCUUGGCAGCGUCCCACACUUAAAAUAUGCACAGUUUCUUGGAGCUACAGUAGCACUGGCUCAUACAAGCAAUUCUGCAAAUUCUGGAGCGUCCCAGGUCCUGGCAGAAACCUGCUAGUGGAUCUGUCAAACAGAGCAGACGCUGCGGAGUACCCUAAUGAGCCCAAGAAACUCCCAUUGCGCCCCCAAAUGGCCAGUAAUGUUGUUCUUUUCGAGGAUGGCUCAUUGGAGCAACACAGACUGUACUUGGGUAGGCAUUUAUCCAGUCGCAGCUGUCCGAUUAACAUCCUCAUGCAAGCAUGUGGGAGAUCGGUUGCUCAGCAUGUAGAGGGGGUGGGCAGCUUUGUGUGAAUGAAGUUUGUGGCAGUAUAGUUGUGCUGAGCCCCAAGGAGCAGAAGGUUGGGGUGUCUCACAGACUAAGAGCGGUCCAAGCAAGGAGUCUGCUUGCUGCUCUUGCUCUGUGCUGUGGCCGGCAGUUCUGCGUGUGGCUUUGCAAGCCGUUGGGUUCCCUUGGCAUGCUAGUAGAAGAGCCGUGCUUGCUCUUGAACAUCGAGGUGCCUCUUUCUUCUAGCAAAGGGAUGCCUUCUGUUCUGCCUCCUCCUCUGGUUUGGGUAUUAGUUUAGCCAAGUGUAGUACCAGCCACCAGAGGAGGAGGGCAUUGGUGGGACUGAAUCCAGUUUGCAGACCUGGCUCGAGAGGCCUGCUGCGUGACCACUGAGUGGCCAAAGACGGUACAGAGCGCCUUUGCUGUCCUCUGUAUUCAGACAGAAGGGCCCAAUCUGUGCAUGGAAGAGCAUUGCUCAGGAGAGCCGUUGGGGCCCCCGGAGUGGCUCUCUUGUUGGGUGUCCAGUUAGGACUUCCCCCUUCCUGGGCACUCGUGUUGGCUUGCUCCGAAUCAUUAGAGUGUUUGCAGCAGUUUAGUGAGCCGCAGCUGGUCCACUCCUCUUCAGACAAAGGGUAUCUUUGUAUAUACAUGCGCACAUGCGUGCACACAGACCCCCCCCCCGUGGUAUUCGGAGAGUCAAGUUGAAACCAGAAGAGAAGUGGCCCCCAGGUGGCCAGGGUUGGGGGCAGAGCAGAGGAAGGACGUGCCGCUGCCCCAGAGCGCCCUCUCCUCCCUGCUCCCCCACGGGGCCACGCACCCGGUGCUGCCCCUCUCCGCCAGCCUGUUGGUCUUGUGGUGCUCAUGACGUGUGAAGGUGCACAGAAGGCAUUGCUGUAGUCCCUCUUGUCUCUCCUUCCUCCUUUGGUCAUGUUUGUUUCUGCACCCAUUUUUCUCUCUGAUCUUUUUUUUUUGUAAAUUGCUUUGUACUGUGUGCACAUUCUGUACCUCGGAUAUUUUUUAUGAUCGAUUUAAAACUCUUCGCUCAUUACAAUUCUAAUAAAGAAUCGCAGGGGACUGUU